GUGGGCAAAGUGCACGGUUCUCUUGCCCGCGCCGGCAAGGUCAAGUCGCAGACCCCCAAGGUUGAGGGGCAGGAGAAGCCCAAAACGCCCAAGGGCCGCGCCCAUAAGCGUGAGCUGUACAGCCGGCGGUUCGUCAAUGUCGCCGUCACUGGUGGCAAACGAAAGAUAGGCAAGGAUGCCGUUUGCUCGUAG